UGAUCGCUCUCCCCGACGUCGGGGUCUCUAGACUCUGGUGUUGGCCAUGGGCAACAUGACCAGCUGCAUCUCGACUCCAACUGUCUCGCGUGUGUGCUUAGCCCCCGACGUCUCUCUAAAGUGAAUUCUUCUUGAACAACAUGUCUUCGAAAGAAAGACGCAGCUUUAUUAUCGGUGCAGGGUGCACUGCGUUCAUCAAACCCAGGGGAGCGAGGACAACUGAGGACAUGGGGCUGGAAGCUGCCACUAAAGCUCUCCUUGACGCGGGCAUCACAUAUGACGCAGUUGAGACUGCUUUUGUGGGAUUCUGCUAUGGAGACUCUACUUCCGGCCAGAGAGCCCUCUAUAACCUCGGCAUGACUGGCAUCCCCAUCACGAACGUGAACAACAACUGUUCGACCGGAAGCACCGCCCUGUUCCAGGCGAACAACAUGGUGGCUUUUGGUAUGGUGGAAUGCGCGCUCGCGCUCGGCUUCGAGCGUAUGGCACCGGGCAGCCUGGGGACUAAUUUCCCCGACCGCCCUUCUCCUAUUCAGCCAUUCAGCGACGCAACGGCCGAAGCUGAACACAAUCUGAGCAGCGGUCUCAAUCACGGGCCGAAUGCACCAAGGAUGUUUGCUAACGCCGCACAGGAGUACAUGGACAAGUACGGUGCGACGGUGACGCACCUGGCUCAAAUAGCUGCGAAGAACCAUAAGCACUCCGUCAACAACCCGUACUCGCAGUUCCGCAAUGGGUGGGGUGUGGAACAGGUGCUCGCUGCGCCCAAAAUCAACAAGCAACUGACCAAGUUCAUGUGUAGUCCUACUUCGGACGGAGCCGCCUGCUGCAUCGUUGCUUCCGAAGACUUCGUGCACGCCCAUGGCCUCGAGAAUCAGGCCAUCGAGAUCGUGGCUCAAGCCCUCUGUACUGACGAACCAUCAGCAUUUGAGAGCAAGAGCCCCAUGGAGAUCGUCGGCUAUGGUAUGACCAAGAACUGUGCAAAUAAGGUCUUCCGGAAAGCAGGUUUCAAGGAGGGCGAAGGCAGGGACCAGGUUGGCGUCGUUGAACUGCACGAUUGCUUCUCCGCGAACGAGCUCGUGACAUACGAGGCAUUGGGGCUGUGCAGCCUUGGUGAGGCUCACAAGAUGGUUGAAAGUGGCGACAAUACGUAUGGCGGCAAGUACGUCGUGAACCCUAGUGGUGGUCUAGAGGCCAAAGGUCACCCUCUAGGAGCGACUGGUCUCGGAAUGCAUUUCUAUAUAGCCAUGCAACUACGGGACUGGGCUGGACCUAUGCAAACACCUGGACUGUUUGGCGUCGCCGACGAAAGGGGCAAAUACGGUCUCGUCCACAACAUCGGCAUCGGCGGCGCGGUGGUCUGCAGUCUCCUCCGCCGCCCGGAGUUCUAUCGCCCCGGAGGCCAAGAUGGCCGAUCAAGACUCGGCUAUAAUCACGCACACGAGUGCAGGCCUGUCACGAAGGCGGAUGUAGACAAGGUCAAGUCUGUCAAGUUCUCGCCGUACAUCUUCGAGCGGGCGAGGCUCUGAUGGAUGUCAGCCUCUCCACCUGUAUCGGUCUCGUCUGCUUUUGGAUGCCUGGCGUUGUACUCGGGCCUCGGACUGUGCUGCCAACGGUGUGGCGCGUUGAAUUGCGUGACGGCGCUUGAAUGAUAGUGCAGUAUGAUCCCUUUAUGGCGUACAGGUGUAAUGCGUGCCAAGAAGUGUCUGUAUCAGAACGUCCAGUGCAUUGGUUCUCAACCCAUCUUCGUGCGUUUGAGACUAGGGUCACCAUGCCCUGAGUUUCUUGUGCUUGUUCCUCCUCGGCGGUGAGCCCCAUGCCAGGUCGUCCUCGUCCAACAUCUCUGCCUGUGUAUAUCAUCAUUACCC